UUAGCUGGGAUCAGUCCAACGCAAACCGUGCCAUCGAGUGGAAGUGGAUUACCAACAGAGUGAAGAGUGUAUUGAAAUCACAGAAAACCCUUUUCCGGUCCGAAUAGAAUCGAUUGUAAGCAUAUCACGUAUACGCCCGGUAAAACAGCCGAAUAUCCCAUAAUGUCGCCGAGGAAGAGCUUGCUGGGCUGCCUGCUGGUCAGCACAAUCCUGGUGCUGCACCAGGUUCUGGCCGAUGUGGAGACGAACGAAGUGGAUACCAGCGGCGAUGUGUACAUGCUGCAGGGCGUGCGUGUGUAUCCCAACGAUCGACAGUGUGUUCUGGUUGGAGGUCUAUGUGUCGAAACGAAGGACUGCCUUGAACCCACCUCGAACAGGGGACUGUGCCCCUCGAGUGCCGGACAGGAAGUGGAGUGCUGCUACGAACUGCCGGUUAGACCAGCGCCCUGUGCGGAACACUUGGGACAGUGCAUGGACCGAUGCCACCAGAGGCUCCUGCGACCCGGUAACGAUUGCAAGAAUGGCCAAGUCUGCUGUGUCCUGAUUUAGUUAUACUUAACCACACCAAAAACACAUACCCGUGCAGAGAAAGGGCAUUUCCAAGUCGGUCAGCACUGAGAUUUUCAUUGCAAAGUACCAAAACAGCCUGACAAAUGGAUAUACUGUCAUAGGUUUAUUAAGUUUUCAACGAAUUUCUUACAAAUGCUGUUAGUUUCUUAUCCAUUUCUUUUUAACUUAUUUUUAUUUAUUUAACAUUUAAAAUGAACAACGAAAUUUCUUACAAUGUUUAUCUUAUAAGGAAAAAAUAAUAAUAUUUAAAAUUAACUUCAAACUAAUUUGCAUAAAAUUAAACCCAGUUGGUUUAAAACAGCUUGAAACUGAUUUGAUUGUGUUAUUUCUCUGCAUACACCCACACACCGUACAUAAACAUGUAUUUAUUUAACUAUAUGUAUAUUAAUUAUAUUGUACGAAUACUUUUGUAUGACAUCUUAAGAACCCCACAUCUCUCGACAAAGUGAAAUAUUUGACUGCUUCCAAUAAAUGCAUUGUAAAUA